AUGGAUUUAAAGUCAAAUCUUAAGGAGCCUUUACUCUAACCAUAAAAUAAUGUAAAUAUCACGCAUGAAUAAUAGAAGAAAACCUAAAUGCUGCAACCUCAGAAAACUAUUCUGGUCAAACUUACCUUGAUAACAGUAUUCUUGUCUGGAAUCUAGAAUUUCAUUUAUGCACUUAUUGAAAACUAAGAUGUGGCUGUAGCUUGUUUAUCAUUUACUGGGUUUUUAUUUGUGGUUCUGGUGAUUAGGAUUUAUGAAUUAAUCUUGAAGCCUGAGGUUAAUGUGAGAGUUAUAGCAAAUUAAUUCUUUGGUAGAAUGAGUAGCUCUGCAUUGCUUUUGCAUAACUUAUUUCGUUCAGCCACAUUCUUUUUGCUUAUUUGGCUUUUACUUAUAGUCGCUGAUUAUUGUAUUAAAUCAGGCUUGAAUAUUGGAGUGACAUUAGCUAUUUUAUCUCUAGCGACUAUAUUUAGUACUAUUCAUGGAAGAAUAUUCUACAAUGAAAAGCUGACUCUAAGAAAACUUAUAGGAAUCAUAAUGAUCAUACUGGGAAUAUGCGGCAUUUCAUUAUAUAAGGAGAACUUAUAACAAUAAUAAGGAGCGUCGAGUCUUUAAUUAAUUAGUGAUGAGGAUUAACUUUAUUAUAAAAUCAUGGCUAUUAUAUACACAGUAGUUUGUGCACUUUUAUACUACAUUAGAGGAGUUUAGGCUAAAAAUUUGGGCAUAAAAGGCUAUUCAGCUUUUGACUUUUCUCUUGAUAGUGGACUAAUUUCUGGAAUUGUUUGUAUGUUCUUCAGUCUCUACUAUUUUGCUAUUGACCACCCUUUUUACACUCUAAAGAAUAUACUACUAAGUUUUGCACUGAGUGUGCUUAUAAUGGUUAAUUCACUCACUGGAUUAACGGCAAUGGUUAAAGGACCUAUGGGUUUAACUUAAGGAAUUAUCUAGAGUAAUGUAGCUUUUACUACUGUGCUUGGAGCUCUUUUCCUCGGAUAAAUACCUUCCUAUAUUCAAAUCGCUGCUCUUGCUUUGAUUAUCUCAGGUGUCAUAACUACUUUGAAAAAUUGA